AUGAUGGCGGCAGGGAGGGGCGUCGCGUGGUGUGUCAUCCUGCUGGCGCUGUUGGGGUCGGUAGAUGAGGUACGUGGAAGGAGAGCCCGGCCUUAUGCCCGUCCGGCGACACUUCCGGCACGUCCAGGCGGCGCUGGGGGUCUUGGCAGCGCGGCGAAGGACGACGGGCGGGCCGUCGUCGACGAGAAGAGGGAAGUCUGUACUGGGCCGAACCCGCUGCACCACCGAUGA